UCAGCCAGCACAUUUCAAACAGCAAACUGGAAGUCAUUUAAAAAGAAAGCCAACCAUUCUCACACUCUGUCCUGCUCAAAUGGCUUUACUGGGUGCUGUUGGUUGCAUGCAAAUGUUCCUAUCUGCCACUGAGACCAUACUUGCGGCUCCACAGUACUGCUUGUUUGCAGUCAUGUAUUUCAGAGUGUGUAGUUUCACUUUUACCGUAUGAAUCAUAUCCUCAGGGAACUGCAGAAAUGCCCUUUCGUCAUCGGCACUCGGAUCCGUGUUGUCAAAAUGAGAAACAGAUUCAAUCUGGUGCCAACUUCUCAGCCAUGAAAAAAGCUCUGAUGCCUCUGGAGAUGGGAGCAGGUGGCAUGCAGCCAUCGGCAGUUCUUGCACUUGGACCUUGUCCUUUCAGUUUGAGCUCACUGGAGAGUUUGUAAACCUGACUUGCAUCAAGCCUGAGGUGCUUUUUGGGAGUCCUUACAGCUUACUGCUGGAGUUUCACUUUUGUCAUUCUGGGCUGUGAGCCAAACGAAAGUCAUACACUACCCCUUAGCCCAGGCUAGUGAUGAAAUAAACCAUGGCUAGCCCCUCCUCUCAGUGUUAUUAGCAUGGGGAAACCACUAGCAUCUCCAUAUCCCAUCGUGGCAAGAAAGUGAGCAGGAAUUCUGGCUGUGUCUUUUCUGACAUCGGUGCUGUUUGCAUACUUGCCUCUGGCUGUCCUGAAGAUAAGCAUCAUGGAAGCACCACACUCGAUGGAGAAUGGAAAUACUCCACAGAACAGGAAAUGUUGUAAAGUAGUUCUAUAUACUUCAAUAUUUGUUUUGAUUUUCAUCUCAUUCCUGGUUUCUGCAGUCUUCUAUUUGCUCCAUGAUAAACAGCCACGGGGGACGUGCUGGGCACAUGGAUCUUUAAUAAAAUCUACUCCAACGAAAGACAGAGGUAGCAUGACCUGGGAAUGGAGCUUUGAACACUGCCAGGGCUUGGUGGAGCAUUGCAACGAAUGCCUGAUAAUCAUGGAGAACGGCAGCUACUUCAUCUACGCCCAGGUCAGCCGCAAAACGACGACGGAUGAGUCUUUUGCACUUGUGCUGUACAAGGAGCCACACAUUGCUCUCACUGUGGCUGUGGGGCACAACUCGGGGGAUGAAAAUGGUACAGUAAAUUUUGGCAGACCUUUUCAUCUGCGUAAGGGAGAUAAACUGCAUUGCGAGGUAAACAUUAAUUCUAGAAGUAUUCUCUCUGGACAUCAGACUUACUGGGGCCUCUAUAAAAUCUAGCAGGGUUCUGCUCUGAGUCAGCUCCUCCCUUACAUCCUCCAAGAAACCUUAGGGCACUUAUAAUCAUGGAUGAAGAGCUUGCUAUUUCUCUAUACAUGGAGUUCAUUUUGCUGGAGUGCAUGUCAUAGCAGGCUGGCAUCCUGCAGAGACAGAAUAAACCAUAAAACAAAGUAAAUAGCAAACUUUCAUAAUACUGCAUGGACCUCGAUCGCAAAGUACAAGAGAAAGAUGUUUCUGGAAGGAAGAGCCCUUGGUGCAUCACAGGAUUGACCCAAAGAUCCUGGAAAAACAGGUGCCUAUAUUCAGUGCCCUGAACUGAGGGGGAGCUCUGCUUUGUAAGUGGUGGCACUGCAGAGCUGGGUACCUGCUGGAAUCUCUGUCCCUUCUAAUAAAGGUGCUAUGCAAAACUAA